AUUGUCCUUGUCUGAUAGGCUUCCAUCUAAAGCCGGAAUAGUUCAGGAGCCAUGGGCCGCCGGCUCAUCCGUGGUCUGUCUGGAGCCACUGUUUUGCUUGUCAGCAUGGCUCUGCUUUCUGUAAGGCACCAUGGGGCUCAAGAAACAGCCCGGUACCUUGGACUCGGAGAAAGGACAUCAGAGAAUUCAGAGCAACGGGCCAAAGUGAGCCCACAGGAUGUCACGGGAGGUGGUGGCAGGAGGCAGGACUUGCAAGCCUAUCCUCAGGGUGAAUAUGGGACUGGGGGAAGCCCAAAGCUUGAGGACAUUUUCAUAGCUGUGAAGACAACCAGGAGAUUUCACCGGAACAGGAUGGAGCUGCUCCUGGACACAUGGAUAUCCCGGGCAAGUGAACAAACAUAUGUCUUCACUGAUGAAGAAGAUGAAGCCCUGAAAAGGAGAAUGGGUGACCAUGUGGUGUUCACCAACUGCUCUGCUGAGCAUAGCCACCUUGCCCUCUCCUGCAAGAUGGCUGCAGAGUUUGAUGCAUUUCUGGCCAGCAGCCAGAGCUGGUUUUGCCACUUGGAUGAUGACAACUAUUUGAACACUCAGGCCCUUCUGAAACUCUUGUCUACCUACUCUGCAACGUGGGAUGUCUACCUAGGGAAACCCAGCCUGAACCGACCCAUUCAUGCCUCUGAAACGCUGCCUAACAACAAGACGAAAUCUGUGCGUUUCUGGUUUGCCACAGGAGGGGCUGGGUUCUGCAUCAGUCGCAAGUUGGCGAGCAAGAUGGUGCCUUGGGCCAGUGGCAGGAACUUCCUGAGCACCUCAGAACUCAUUCGCUUGCCAGAUGACUGCACCAUGGGUUACAUCAUUGAGUGCAAAGUCGGUGGGCAGCUGUUGUCCAAUUCACUUUUCCAUUCUCACCUGGAAAACUUGCAACUCAUCCCCUCGACUCAACUCACACAGCAGGUCACCCUCAGCUAUGGUGUCUUUGAGAACAAGCUCAAUGUUAUUGAACUCAGUGGCCCCUUCUCACCCCAGGAGGAUCCCUCAAGGUUUCGAUCACUUCACUGCCACCUCUAUCCGGACACCUCCUGGUGCUUGCAACCUCUUCACUGGUGAUGCCUCAGUCUCAGCA